AUGGAGUCCGGUUCUCUCGUCAUAGCGUUCAGCAUUACCAUCGGAUGCUCAGCCAUUCUCGGAAAUGGUUUGGUGAUUUUCGUCAUGACGGUCAGACGUGAACAGUUCAGUUCCUUCACUAACCGACUUAUCCGUCACCAAUCCAUCAUCGACUUCGUCUCUGGUUUGGUGUUUCUCCUCAUAACUGGGAUCAAACAAAGUUCUCUACUGACAACGUUGCAAGCAAACAUCUUCGGUGAAAUUAUUUGUCGAUUUCUUGAGUCUGAAUAUUUUGUUUGGGCAGUCAAUGUAACAUCCACGUACAAUCUGGUGGUGAUAUCGCUGGAGCGUUUUCUUGCCACGUGCUAUCCGGUCAAACACCGCAACUACUGCUCACUCUUCAAGAUCAAAGUUUCAAUGUGUGCUGCUUGGAUCAUCGGCUUUGUAUAUGCGCUCAUAUUUCUUUUCUUACACCAUGUGAUAAAGGGGACGUGCCGCUACAAUCGUACCAAUGGAAAGAUCUUCGAGGUUUUUGUGUUUUGUUGGACUUUUCUCAUUGAGUACAUCCUUCCAGCAUUCCUUAUAUCGUUUUCGUACGUUCGAAUUCUCCUCGUUCUUCGACACAAACUUGACAAUGCUAACGCCAAUCAGCAAGAUGGUGUCUUCAGUAAGGCUAAAAGAAACGUCAUCACUACGAUGCUGAUCGCUGGUUGCAUGUUUUUCAUUUGCUGGACUCCGAUGCAGAUGUUACGAUUGAUCUUAAGUACUGAUAUCGUCGAUGUGUUUUCCGUCAGAGGCAUUUCAGACGCUUUCACGGGGUUAGUCAUGUGCAACAUGAGCGUGAAUCCAGUCGUUUAUUGCUUCAAAUACCAGCAUUUCCGUACACAGCUCAAGCAACUUGUACGGAGCCGAUUUGGCCAAAACCGAGUACGUCCUGGAGAGGAGUCUAACGAUGCGCCCUCUUUGUCCGUAGACCCGAUGCAGAACACAGCAACAACACAAAUGCUUUAA